AUGGUGACUAACUUGAUUCAUCUUCAAAGAAACUACAUACUAAAUCUAAUCAACUCGGUUCAGUCAAAUUUGAAAUAUUUGAUCCUUGAUGAUAAAACCCAAUUUUUAAUCUAUUCAAUCCUUGAUAAGCAAACUCUAUUGAAAAAUGUCACUGCCAUCUCAAAUAUAUCUGAAAAGAGAGACGUUAGAAGGGAAUUUGAUGGAAUUUAUAUCCUAGAUUCAAAUUUAUAUUCAAUCAACUGUUUAUUGAUUGAUUUGAAUUUGUCCUUGCCAUCAAACAAUCCAAAUAAUAUUGAUCAGACUUAUAAAUCUACUCGUUAUAAGACGUCGAACAUUUUCCUUUUACCUGUUAAUAAUAACAUUCAUCCCAAAUUAGCGAGUGAACUAAAUGCAAAGAUUAAUAACGAUAUAAGAAACAACCAGAUGAUCAAAUCUUUAAAUAUCAUGACAAACCACAAUGCUUUGAACUCAAUUAAUAAUAUUAAUAAUUGCUCAUUGCAAAUUUUUUAUAACAAGAACUAUUUGGCUCUUGUUAAUUAUCAGAUUAUUCAAAUUGUUCAAUCAUUAAUUAAUCUUUGUAUCUUGACCGAUGAGUAUCCAAUUAUCAAAUAUUACAAUCCUAAGAAUUCUAUAACCAAGUCUUCAAUUUUAUCCAAAAAAAUUGCCGAAUUAUUUCAAAGUUCUCUUGAUGAUUAUGCUAGAAACAAUACAAAAUUUCCAUCUCAACAAAAUCAAAGACAACGAUCUAUUUUUUUAAUUUGCGAUCGAACUUUGGAUGUUAUAACUAAUCUCAUAUCUAGUUUUACUUAUCAAUCGAUGAUAUAUGAUACAUUUACAGUGACCAAUGAUUCGAAUUAUUUUGAUAAUAAUGAAGUGAAUUCCAACUUGAUCUCGAAUCAAAACAUUGAUGUUGACAUUUAUAAUCAAAUUGUUAAAUAUCUAGUGGUUAAUGUGAACCAUACAAGGGAGUUCAAGUACGCUAAAUUGAAUGAAGAAGAUCCAAUUUUAAAUGAAGUAAGGCAUGAACAUGUAUUAAAAGCUGGGGAAAUAAUCAAUAAUAAAAAUCAAGAGAUGAAAGCACAUUCGGGUUCAAAUGAUGCUGAUGGCGGUGAUAGACAUGGGAAUGGUGGGUAUAAUUCGUCGAUUGAUCAAGUUAGAAACCAGUUGGUUCAUAUGGAUGAGUUUGACAAUCAAAGAAGAUUGAUAUAUUUACAUAAUGAACUCUUUGAUAAAGUCUUAAAGACCAUGAACAAUUUGAAAUUGAACAAAAUUGCUGAUUUUGAAAACACGUUGGCGGCUAAUGGAUACGAUAUUGAUAAUGAGAAAUUUGAUGAUUUGUCUGACAAUUUUAUAUUGGAAUUGAGUCAAAGUGAUUAUUCUAAAUUUGAUAAGAUCAAAUUAAUCUUAAUUUACUCAAUUUAUAGAAAUGGAAUAAUUUUAAAAGAUUUUGAGAAACUAUUCAAGUUUAUCAACUUAAACAAUCAAGAAGUUGACGAAUUUCUAAGAUUGGUUCGCAACUUUGAAAAUUUAAAUAUUAAGAUCAUUAAAGAAGAUUUAAACAGUCACCACUAUCACCAUAAUAACGAUAACAAUAACGAUAAUGGGAGCGGUAUUAAUUUCAAUCCUAACGAGAAGAAAUCACAAUAUUAUUUAAUUGAUAACACUGGGUAUUCGUCAUCUAGAUUCAAACCCGCGGUUGAAAAUAUAGUAAACUGUUUACUUAAUAACAACGAGGCAUUGAGUAAAGAGUUUUCGUUUGUCAAGCAGCUAGAAAUGAGCGCGAUGAAUAAUGAUUUUGGUAAUUUGAAUUUAAAUGUGAAUAACUCAACAACCUCAUUAAGGAACAAAAAUUUAAGACCCAAGUGGAAGAGCUCAACAUCAAUGGGGUCAAGUUUCCAACUACCUAAACAACGGAUCUUUGUGUAUGUUGCUGGUGGAAUCAAUUACGAGGAGAUCAGCUCGAUGUAUAAAAUGGGAAAGAUAUUGGACAAGGACAUCAUUCUUGGAAGUGAAAACUUGAUCAACAGCAAGAUCUUCAUGAAUAACGUC